AAUGGCGAUUGAAAAAUUAUUGUUGAAUGUGUAUUAAUCGGGAAUUUAUUAAUUAUUUCUACGUAUCUAAUACCAAAACCGAUAUUUUAUAUAAUAGUGAAGGACUGAGAAGUGGAGUUCCAGUUCUUAUCAGGCUCUUACAAUGGCGGAUGCCAUUGUGAUGGAUACAGCUGCAGCGGUUCGGUAUUUUUGCCAUAGAUGUAAUGCGGAGUUUGAUGAUGUUUCGCAGGAUUAUAAGUGUCCAUUUUGUGCCAGUGGUUUUGUAGAAGAAAUGGAAAAUGGAGCCAAUGGAGCAUCCCCUGGACAGGGACUGAUAUUCAUGGAUGCUAGCAUGAGCAAUAGUGAUGACACAAGUAGCCUCCAUGAAGAGGGUGUUGCAGAACUUUUGGACAUUCCAGCAGAGAUCCGUAAUCUACAAGCUCAACAUCAGGAUGUUCCUCCAGUUCUCCGUGAUAUUGCGUUGCUCGUGUCUGAAGCUCAUUCAAGGGGCACUGGUCGAGGAACAACGCGCCUCAUGACGAACAUCGCUGAGAUGCUGAUGGGUGACGGACGGGCCCCUGCAACAACAACAACUGCUAACACUGCCGGUGCCGUGCCGUUCGUGCUCCUCGGGGAGCCGGGGGACUACUUAUUUAGUGGCGAAGCACUGGAUGCGGUGGUGACACAGCUGUUGGGUCAGUUGGAACACUCUGGGCCGCCUCCUAUGCCGCGUGACAAACUGGAUGCGAUACCGACCGAAAUCGUCACUGAAGAGCAAGCUGCCGCCAAAACGCCCUGCUCCGUGUGUUGGGAAAACUUUCAGACUGGUGAGACCCUGUCGCGGCUGGAGUGCUCGCACGUGUUCCACGCGGGCUGCAUCACGCCGUGGCUGCAGCUGCACGCCACGUGCCCCAUCUGCCGCCGCACGCUGCUGCCCGAGGGCACCGCGCCCGCCCGCGCCCCGCCCACCUACACGGCGCACGGCGGGCCCGCCACCGCCUUCACGAUCAACCUGAACGGCGAACAGUUGGCUUUCUGCCCACUCUGCCAUAGGGCACAACCAAGCACUGAACAGCCAAAUACAAUGAGCUCGGAGAGUAAUCAAAAUGCAUCAAGUGAGCCUAUGGCACAAACAGGUUCAAGUGAAACAAAUGCAUCACGCCCAAAGAGUGAACCUCACACAACUAGAGCGACCAGUGAGCCCACAGUCACGGUCCCUACUACUACAGCCACUACGGCGUCUAGCGGUGGCACAUCCUGUUCGCAACAUCCGCAGCAGACUGCUGGUCACCCGGCACCACCAGGCGAGGAGCGGCCGCCCACGCCGCCGCCGCGCUGCUUCCGGUGUCCGUGCCCGCUGUGCGGCCGGCCCAUGGUGCUGCCUCCCGCCCGCGGGCCCGCUGCCGCCACCGGCACUGCUCCUACCUGCGGCACUGCUCCUACCUGCGGCACUGCUCCUACCUGCGGCACUGCUCCUACCAGCGGCACUACACCUACCUGCGGCACUACACCCGCUGGCGCCAACCGACCGCGGUUCUCAUUUCGACUGCCUCAGGUGGUGAUUAGAUCGUACCGGCCGGGAAGUAUGCCGCCGCGCGCCCCUUCUGCUCCCAAUGGACUCAACACCCCCAAUGUACCCAACAGCCCCAAUGUACCCAACACACCCAAUGUACCCAACAGCCCCAAUGUACCUAACACUCCCAAUGUACCCAACACUCCCAAUGUACCUAACACUCCCAAUGUACCUAACACUCCCAAUACACCUAACAUCCCAAAUGCACCUAACACCCGCCAUGUACCUAACACACCCAAUGGCCUCAAUGCACCGAAUGGCCCCAAUGUACCCAUCGCCAUGCCCGGCCUUCCCGGUAGGUGGAUGAGCCUGCCGCUCGGUAACUGGAUGCUCAACGGUGCGAACCCGGCGGGGGCGCCUCACGCAAGGAUCCAGAUCCGACAGUUUAUCGCCGCAAGGCCCGGAGCUGCACCACAAGCAAACUCAACAAAUUCCAACCCACCCGCCGCUGAUAGGAUGCAGAAUUACCACACGGAUUUCGAAUGUGAUUAAGAGACGUUAGACGUUUUAUAUUUUUUCCUUAAGUUUUGUUAACAGAACUUUGUAUAAUAUUAUAUCAGUUAUUUAAUUGUGAGUUGGUCAUAUAGUGUGAUCGUAUUAAAAGAGUCGCGUAGGAAUAUCCAUAGGAAACAGAAAAUGUAAAUGUGUAUAUCUUGUAGUAUGACUGAAUACUUUCUGUUUAUAACUAUGUGCAUAUUGUUAUAGCUAUUGGUUCCUCGUCGGAACUUUAACGGAUUUAAAAUAUAAUUACUUGUAAAAUAAAUUUGUAUAAUGUAUUUAAAUUAUUAAACAAUAAGUAAUUAGUGUUGCAUAUUAAUGAUAAUAUGUCUUUGAAAAAUGAAGCCACUUCACAUUUUAAUAUUUGACUCAAUCACUAUUUUAUAACAUUUAAUUUGGUUAUAAUAAAGUUUGUAUAUAUAUUAUUAUUGUC